AAGGGUAUGCGUAAUCCUUCUGUAAAUGUAUCGUUAACGCCUGCUCAACGAAUCGAAAAGAAACCUGGAAUCCGACUGAGCAACGCUCUCGAUUCAUUUCAAUUCUCUAAGUUGGUUGGCAGAGGAGCUUUUGCCAAUGUAUAUAAGGGAAUCAACUUGAAGACGAACCAAGUGAUAGCAAUCAAGCAGAUAAUGCUUGAAGGAAAGCAGAAUGUAGCUGGACUCAUGGGUGAAAUCGAUCUUUUGAAGAUAUUGAAACACCCCAAUAUUGUAAAGUACCAUGGUUUUGUAAAGACUUCAUCUUCGCUAAAUAUCCUCUUAGAAUUCUGUUCUGGAGGUUCUCUUCGUCAACUUUACAAGAAAAUGGAUCAUGGAUUACCAGAACCACAAUUAGCUAAGUACACCACCCUGAUUCUACAUGGGCUAAAUUAUCUUCAUGAGCAAGGUGUAGUUCAUAGAGAUGUCAAGGCGGCCAAUGUGCUAUUGACCGAAAGUGGUGAGAUUAAGCUUGCUGAUUUCGGAUUGGCUACCAAAGUAACGUCUCAGCAUCAUAGUGCAGAGGGUACACCCAAUUGGAUGGCCCCAGAAACAGUUCUUGGUGGAGAUGGGAUCUGUACAGCGUCUGAUAUAUGGUCUUUAGGUGCAACUAUAAUUGAAUUGUUCACCAUGAACCCGCCGUAUCAUGACUUGAAUCCAAUGGCGGCUUUACACGCCAUUGGCACAGAUGAUCAUCCUCCGUUACCAAAAUUUAUAUCAUCUUUGGCCAAGGACUUCUUGAUGGAAUGUUUCCAGAAACAAGCCAGUUUGAGAAGCACGGCCAAAUUGCUAUUGAAGCAUAGAUGGUUGUUACCAUCUGGCAACAUUUCCAAGACAUCCAUGUUAAAUCUCAAUGGUGAAAGAACUGUUCCUAAGAUGGAACUCAAAUCUAUAGCAAGUUAUUCCGAAAUGAAUGAGGAAAGUUGGGACAAGGAUUUCGAAGGAGUGAAGAUUCCAAACAUAAGACCAGGAAUGCCCGAUAUCAUACAAAUAACCGAUGUUGAUGGCGAGUUAGAUUCUUUGCCCAGUUCGGUUCCUCCACCUAAGUAUACGAAAGAAGAGCUCUUGCAAAAGUUCUCAGAAAAGAAUGAUAGCUCUCAAGGGGAUGGUUCAUCGUUUAGUGGUUUACAUAGUGCAAAAUUACGUUUCAACAUAGAGGAACAAGAAAAACUCGAAGACGAAUCUGAUCCCUUCUUGAAUAUUGACAUAGAGAACUUUGAUACCAAUGAGUUGGAGAUUCAAAGUAAAAUGGAAUAUCUUGUUUCGAAAUUCUCCAAUAGAGUCGAACUAGCUCAUACUGAGAACGAGGAUAUCAUUGGCUCACUUGUAAAGAUAACUGGGAGAAUGCUACACUUGGUUAAGAAGUAUCCUGUGCUGCACGAUGUUUUAAUUAGAGACCACGGAGUAUUAUCCUUUUUGGAGUUGCUAGAUAGUGCUCUGGAGCUUCCUAAAAAUCAAAAGCUUUGGCUCUACACUUUGUCAGUGCUCAAUCAUAUUUUUGAAAACAAUGUUGGCCUGUUUGAGAACUUUUGUUUACUUGGUGGAAUUCCUGCCGUAACCCAAUUCAAAAGCUCCAUGUACGAUAUCAAUAUCAGAUUGCAGGUGGUUAGAUUUGUUGGCAUAUUUCAAAAUUCUGAAAAAGCGCUUUCGAUGCUUGUUUCUUCUGGUGGUUUGAGAGUAGUUUCCAAAUUUCUUGAAGAAGACUUUGACUCGACUCCCUCCUUUCCAUUGGCCGCAGUCGAUUGCAUUGCCAGUGUAUUGACGAAGGACUUUACCAGGUCCAAGUCUGAUCUUUGUAGAAUAUUGGCGAAGUAUGGAGUUUUGUUCUGGUUUGUUGUUCUUCUUAACAGGUUGAUAAGAAUAAAAUCUAAGCCAGCGAUGACAGAAGUUUCGGAACAAACCAUAGAACAGACUAUGGACAACAUUAUCAGCAUUAUCAAAUUCUUUGGGCAGUCUGAGGCCAGAGUUAGACAGAAUAUAUCAAGUCCAGAGUUGUAUAAACUACUAUUUAAGGUCUAUCCACACUUGGGCUUCAACCACCAGCUUUCUAUUCUUAAAUUCGUGAAGCUGAUGUCAUGCAUCUCGAACAACUUGAAGUCAUUGUAUAAGGCAGAGAUUCUGGAGUUUUUGAUAAGCCAGUUGGAAGCACACAUUCCAUCUACUGUACAUUACAAAGAAGUCAACAAUAUUAUAGCUCCCAUAUUGUACAAUUGUUGCUACUUAAAUCAUUCACGCGAGGUGGAGCUCGUUCAAUUGGGAGUAGUUCCCUAUUUGAAGACGUUGUCCAUGAUCAACCUUCCAUUCAAACAGUUUGUUCUUCCAUUGUUGUGUGAAAUGGUUCACUGUGAGCAUGAGGUACGCGAUUCCCUCAAGAAGCACGAUAUCUUGACGGUCUACUACAAUCUACUUCUUGAUCCGUACUGGCAGUCCAAUUCUCUAGAUUCAAUUAUUAAGUGGGCUGAGGAAGACUCACAUUACGUAAAAAUCGACUCCUCCAGAUCACAGGACUGUCUUGUAGCCGGCUUCUUGUUGCCUAAGGUAUCUAAUUUAGAAGGGGCUUUGGAGAAUUAUUUCAAGUUGAUUGUAACUUACGAACGUGUAGGUAGAUUUAUGGCCAAUGCCAAUGUCAUCAACAAUAUAGUGCUCAAGCUUCGCACACACAACAAAAAUGCUGUUGUACAGUUGAAUCUACUUAGAAUCCUCAAGCAGUUGAUCGUUAUUUCCACAAGAUCUGAAAUCCUUGAGCAGAUGAAUGUUGCAAAGACUGUUACUAAUGCAUUAGAAUUGCUCAAGAGCCACGACGGUUCGGUGUUGAUAGUUGAGUUGGCUACGGAAACCCUUGCAAUGAUGAAUGCAGAUAUUCAAUAG